GGUUGGGGAAGAGGCUACUCUUAGGCUCUGGGUAGCUUGGCCAGCGGCGGGGAUCUGGAGAUUGGGUUAGAAUCGGGCUCAGGAUGGCGGAGCGGGCCGGGAAGAGGCACCUUCUCCUUCUUCUCACGGCGGCGACCCUGUGUUGUACAACACUGGGCAGUGGUUCAGUCUAUUCUUCUGAAAAGGAAGUUAAAGUAGACGAGCAUCAACCUGCCACGCUAACCUGUUAUUACACCGGCUUCUCCUCGCCCCGAGUGGAGUGGAAGUUUGUUCAGGGAAGUACGACCAGCCUGGUUUGCUAUGACAGCAAGAUUACUGCUUCCUACCAAGACCGGGUGGUCUUCUCCCAGAAUGGUAUUUCUUUCCAUUCUGUGACCCGAAAGGACACAGGGACAUAUACAUGUAUGGUCACUCAAAAUGGUGGAAACAACUACGGAGAGACCAGCGUGCAGCUCACUGUGUUAGUGCCACCAUCAAAGCCCACAGUCAACAUUCCGUCUUCAGCCACCAUUGGAAAUCGAAUUAUACUGACCUGCUCUGAGGAGGAUGGUUCUCCACCCCCUCAGUACCAGUGGUUUAAGGAUGGGCUUCUGAUGCCUUCAGACCCCAAGAAGAGCCGUACCUUCAGCAACUCUUCCUAUACUAUGAACUCAAAGACAGGAGAACUGGUGUUUGAACCUCUGUCAGCUUUUGAUACAGGGGACUACUCCUGCCAAGCAUCCAACGGGGUUGGGACUGCCAUGCUCUCAGAAGUUGUGCGAAUGGAAGCCGUGGAACUGAAUGUAGGGGGCAUCGUGGCUGCUGUGAUUGUGACGCUGAUCCUCCUUGGGCUCCUGAUUUUUGGUGUCUGGUUUGCCUACUCUCGAGGCUAUUUCACCAGAGCAAGUAAAGGGAGCACCAGUAAGAAAGUAAUCUAUAGCCAGCCCUCUGCCCGUAGUGAUGGAGAAUUCCGACAGACGUCAUCAUUUUUGGUGUGACCCCAACCUAUCUCCUCUCCUGUCUUCUGAGUGUGUCCUUUUUGGAAUCUGCUGGACUCUGACCUCAUUUUUAUGGAUUUCACAGGAUGCCUUACUUAAUUUCUUAGUCCAUCCCCUGUUAGAAUUUUUAUAAUGACUCUCUCCAGCCACGGUUUUUUCAUGUGUGUUUAGGAAUGAAGUGGAGCAAUAAGACCCCGUCCUGCCUUCUCUUCUUCCAUUACUGAUGGGCUUGCCUGGACCAUAUUUAUGGUUUCUAUUCCCCAUCUCUUUUUAGAAUCAGGCAGGUUGAGUGAUGCCUGUCUCCUUCCCCCCCACCCCCAAACAAAACAAACAAACAAACAAAAAACCCACCUCCUUACCAGCAGGAGUGGCCAAUGACCCCAAGAGUGACUAUCUUCUUUCAUGUUUUCUGAACUUAACCCUAACUUGGGGUCGUAUGAUAUUUGGACUCCUUGAGGACUGGGGAGAAACUGGGGCCUGAGGCCACAACAGUGUUUCUCAAAUAGGCUCAAGAGAUUGGAGCUGUGGACUCUGAAUAGUAGCUUGGUAGUGAAAAGUCUUCUGUUUUCUGGGUCAUCUUCUCAAUUCCUUCCAUGCGAGAGAAUCUUCUAGCAUCUUCCUGGCAGGUUGGCCACUUCUGCAAGACCAGCUGGAUCUUUGUUGUGUAGGGGGCUCCAGGGCCAUGAGAAGUCUAAGGAAAAAAAGCACAGGAUGACAAUAUUCAAGACCCACUCAUCUACAGAAAGUAUAUCUGGAGUUGGAGGCUCAAAGCACUGACCAGGACAGAUAGGUUUGUGCUUGGGAAGCCUGAGCACCCUGCUGCAUGACAGGGUGAAGUAUGUGUUGUGUAUGAAUGUCAUUUUAAAUAAAAAGAUGUUUUGUCUAA